AUGAAAUCCACUAAUAUGAAAAAAAUAGGAAAUUUAAGUAAAAAGUUAGAUUUUUUCUCAUCUCCAGUAGAAUUGAUGAUUCAUAAGAAGAGAGCUCAUCAAUCAUUAUUUGGAGCAUUCAUGACAUUAUUAAUGUUUUCUUGUGUUUUAACUUACAUUAUUAACAAGUUUGUGUAAUUAGGAUAAAGAAAAGAAUUUUAAACACUAUAUUCAGAGGUAUACUAUGAGGAAAUUCCGGUAUUCCCAUUAUAAUCUAAGAAUUUCUCAUUAUAAUUUGCAUUUUAAACGGACAAUUAAACAAACUACAUUGAUAAAUCUAUAUACUAAGUCAAGGCUGUAAUGGUUAAUAGAGCAUAAGUUAUGUAAGUUUUUUAAUUUAUAAAAGGGUUGAUAACAAAACAAAUUUGUAGUUAACUAAAACUGAAAUUCCUUUAUAAAAAUGUGGUAAAAUAGGGAUUCCAUAUGAAGAAAUAUCAGACCAACUUGAUAAUGUUGAUAUUGAAAAUACAUAUUGUUUAGAUUGGAACAAUAUCAAAGAUCUUAGUUUAAUUGGAACACCAGAAUAAGAAAACUAUACUUACAUAUAUAUAAGCUUUCAAUCAUGUGUAAAUGACACUAGCAAUAGUAAUUUUUUAAAUACUAUAUAGUAAAUAGCCAAGUUUGUAAAUCUAAGGAAGAAAUUUAAGAAAAACUACAUCGUAAUUAUAUUUUAUUCCAAUUGUCUUCAUACAAUAUUGACUUAAGAAAUUACUUAAAACCAAAUGUACCAAAAGUUGAAGAAAUUUAAACUACAAUUUCAAGUCAAGUUAUGAAAGAUAUUACUUUAUUCAUGUAACCUAUAACAACUUUGACUGAAGAAGGAUUAUUAAAUGGAUUAGUGCGUAAAGAUUCAACAAUUAGAUAUUAGAAAACUUAAGAAGUUAUAGAUUUUAAUAGUGAUGAAGCUCUUGCAUCAGUUUUGAUUAGAUUGGCAAAUACAGAGAAUAUCAGUUAUAGAAUUUAUCCUAAAUUAUAAGAUAUUUUAGCUUAAGCAGGUGGUUUAUGGGAAAUUCUAAUGCUUGUUUUUACUAUUUUGGUUAAACCUUUUUAAUCUUUGUCUUAUAAAUUAGCUGUUAUUAAUAAUCUUUUUAAUUUUGAAGGAUAAAAAUAAUAAAAUGAUAUUGAAGAUGGUGGAAAAUAAAUCUUAAAGAAAUUGACUAUGGUUUAAGAGAAUGUUUAGACUUAUGAAAAUGAUCCUUCAAUUAUGUUAAAUUAAUCAAAAAUUAAAACUUCUAUUAGAUUCCCUAGAGGUAGAACUAAAAGUAAACAUUAAAAAUUAGAAUAAAUUAAUUCUACUUAAACAGAGAAAUCUUCUUAAAUUGUUACAAAUUCACCUGAAAAUGACAAAUUAAUUUAAAAGGGUAUUAGAUUUGCUUUAAGGAAAUUAUUUAAUAUAGCAACACUAAAAUUAUAACUCAGUCCAAUUGAUUAUAUAAAAUAUUUAAAGUGUGGGUAAUUUUAUAUUUUGAUUUUAUAGAAAAAAGGAAGGAAAAUUUAAAUAAAUGUAAUAUUCAGUCAAUAAAUUAGAGAAAUGUUUAGAUAUACUCUUUAUUAUAGAUAAAUUAUAAGAAAUUGAUAAACUUAAAACAAUUUUAUUGACAAAGUAAUAAGUACAACUUUUUGAUUUUUUACCUAAACCUUUGAUUUCUUUAGAUCCUAGUAAUUUGUAAUAAAAUGAAAAUAUAAUGUAUUCUUCAUUAUUGAAACCAUAUAAAACUUAAAGAGAAAAAGCACAUGAAGCAUAAUAAGUUUUGGAUGAUUUACUUGAAAAUUUAGAUGAUCCAAUUACUAUAAAACUUAUUUCUUUGAUGGAUCCUAAUAUUUUUAAGCUUCUAUAAAUUUAAUUGGAUCUAAAAAAGAGAUAAGUUUCUAAAUUAAUCACACCUGAUGUUAUUGAAUCAUGA